AUGGAAUGUCAGCUUUCAUCCCUCUGGAGCAAGCUUGCUUCGUGCAGCAUACUAACGCUCUCAGGAGGGGUGUUUUACAUAUCGUCACGGCACCGCGGAAUCUACGGAGCGCGUGCCUUGAUACAAAAAGCGGAAUGGAUCACCAUAUCUGCAGGCUUCAUUGCACGAAUUGGAGGUCAUGGAACACGACCUUGCCUUAUCAAGUCAUUGAGCGGGUAUCUGGGUCAUGCACCUUCGGGACAUCUAAAUGUGCUUUACGUUGCCCUUACCUGCUGUUCCUCAGUUGCUCCGGAGAUGAUGGAUAGCUGGUUCGGUGCUUGUUACUGUCAGGCCUUGGUUCUACUCGUACCUGUACUGCAUUCUAUGGGUACCGCCCUCAGAAACAUGUCUUCCACGCGCUUCGUCGAGCAAGUUCAAGUUUCUGUUCAUGUCAUAUGGUCCCUCCGCGCGCGUUUCCUGGUGCAAACUUGGAAUCGCACUAGAGUGUUCCCGAUGAUACCCCGGCCCCUGCUGGGGCCUAGCGGUUUGCGCGUGCCUUUGUUCUCGCUCGGCGGAUGGCUCACGUUGGGUGGGUCCGUCACUGGUGACCCCGUCAGGGAAAUCAUCAAGACCGCUUUCGAUAAUGGUAUCAACAUGUUCGAUACUGCUGAGGGCUAUGCUGGCGGUAAAUCCGAGAUUGAGAUGGGACGAGUGAUCAAGGAGCUUGGUCUCCGGCGGACUGACCUAGUCAUCACGACCAAGCUCUUCUGGGGUACCCAUGGCUCGCCGAAUGACACUGGUUUGUCCAGGAAACACAUCAUCGAGGGCACGAAGGAGUGUCUCGAGCGUCUUCAACUUGAUUACGUUGAUGUGCUCUUCGCCCAUCGCCCCGAUGUCUCAGUGCCAAUGGAGGAGGUCGUUCGAGCCUUCAACUUCGUCAUCGAGAAGGGAUGGGCGUUCUACUGGGCGACUUCCGAGUGGACAGCUCAGCAGAUUGAGGAGGCGCACCUUGUUGCUGAGAAGCUCAACCUCAUUGCACCCAUUGCCGAGCAAUGCAAGCAUCACAUGCUCCACCGCGAGCGUCCAGAGAGCGAGUACGACCCUCUGUACCGGAAAUACGGUUUGGGCACGACCGUCUUCUCGGCACUUGCUGGCGGUAUCCUUACUGGCAAGUACAACAACGGCGUCCCCGGAGAUUCACGCCUGGCAGUAGAGAAGGAGAAACAGUUCCAGGACACCGCGGCGCAGCUCCGCACACCCGAGGGUCUGGCUAUGAUCGCAAAGAUCAAGACGCUGUCUGAGUUCGCCGAGAAUGAACUGGGCUGCACGGUCUCGCAUCUUGCUCUGGCAUGGGUAGCCAAAAAUCCGAACACCUCAACUGUCAUCCUCGGUGCUUCGAAGCCGGAACAGGUCCUAGAUAACCUGAAGGCUCUGGAGGUCCUCCCGAAGCUGACUCCCGAGGUAUUGGAGAAGAUCGAGAGUAUCAUCCAGACGAAACCUGCCCCUGCGCCGACAUUCGGACGCCCACCUUUGGACAAGUUCGGUCGGCUGUAG